AUGCCUGAGUGUAUGUGCACGGGAUGGAAGAACCCGAACCUGCUCGCCGAAGCCAAGAUCAAGGAGGCCAUGGCCAACAACCAGCCGGUGCCCCAGCUGGAACGCAAGACCAGCUGCCGCGACUGCGGCCAUGAGAUCACGGAUCACGGCAACCUGCUCUCGCUCGUCAUGCCCGAGCUCAAGCGGCGCGUUAUCCUCGCGCUCAAGAUCAACAACAUGAUGCAGGUCCGCGAUCGUGACCUCUCCCGCGAGAUCGGGCUCCUUACAGAGCAACUCAACCGAGUGCCACCGCCCCCGCAGCCCCAGGGGCAGCCAGCGCUCAACCCAAACGCGAUGGGCAUGCAGAUGGCCCAGCAGGGAGGAAUGCCGCCCGUGAUGAGCGGUGGAAUGCCGAUGGGCGGCGGCAUGGGCGGAGGAAUGCAGAUGGGCGGAGGAAUGGGCGGAGGAAUGCAGAUGGGCGGCAUGGGCGGUCGCCCGCCCCACAUGGGCGGCGGCAUGCCUCCCGGCGCCAUGGGGAUGCCCCAAGACGGCAGCGGCAUGCAGGGUAUGGGUCCGAACCCCACAGCUGCGCAUUACAACCAAACGCCUACAUCGCCGCCUGGGGGCUACUUCCCUGGCCAGGACUCUGGUGGACCGCCCUUUGAGAAGCCCGUCAUUUCACAGAUUAUGCGCAACUACGUGAACGCGUACAAGCUGAUCCCGAAGAUCAGCGAGGUGCAGAAGCAGAACAUCGAGCGCAUAUCCCUGCUGCUCAUCAACGCCAUCGACAACCACCAGCUGCGACCGCCUCAAGACGACGAUCCUCCGCACGACCCGCAAUACGACCCCAUGCUCGCCUACCAAAGGUGGCUGGCCUACUGCGAUCCGACCAAGAUCGGCAAGUACAAGACGUCGGAGGUCUUUGGGUUCCACAUGCUGCGCGCUGUGUUCGCGCAAGUCAAAAACUCGUUUGUACAGAGCAGCAUGGGCCACAAGGAGAUUCAAUCUCUUCUGCCUUCUUUCGUGCGCAACCUGGAGAAGGAGCUGCACAAGGACGUGUCGAGCAUUCUCGACGAGGGCCUCCUGCAGCGAUUCGAGCAGUACCGUAACCGGUACCGCCAGCAGCAACAGCAGGGGCUGAUGGGCCAGAUGCCCGGCGGCAUGCAGCAGCACCCCAUGAUGGGACAGCAGUCGCCCACGGGUAUGAUGCCGCAGUCGCCCGUCGGAUUUGCGGGAUCGCAGCUUCAGUCCCCAUCACAGCCCAGUGCAGAGGCAAGUGGUCAGGUGAAAAAGAAGCGGAAGCACAAGGAAGAGCCCUCUGUCGGCCUCAAGAAGAAGAUUAAGAUCGAACCUGUCGUGCCCCCGGAUGACGGCGACACAACGCCAGGCGCGUGGAUCAUCUCGAAUGUGCCCAACGAAAAAGAGCCGGGGCUGUUGUACUGGGGCCGAUCGCGCAUCUCGCUCGGGCCGGAGAAGAAGGAGGACGAGAAGGACGGCGAAGGGCGCGGCCGCGGUGGCAAGGGCAAGGCCAAGACCGCAACGACAGCGAUCAAGGAGGAGGAGGACAGGAAGGAGGAGCCGAAGCCGCAGACGGCGACGUUCGAGUUCCGGGUGGUGGCCAACGACAACAUCCGGCAGCACAUGUUCUACCUGGUCGACCUCAAGAACAUCUUCUCGCGCCAGCUCCCCAAGAUGCCCCGCGAAUACAUCUCCCGCCUCGUCUUUGACAAGAACCACCGUUCGCUGGUGUGUCUGCGCGACGGGAAGGUGAUCGGCGGGAUCUGCUUCCGCCCCUUCCCCGAGAACGGGUUCCUCGAGAUCGCCUUCCUCGCCGUCUCCGUCGACUUCCAAAUUCGAGGCAUUGGCAGGCAUGUGCUGAACCACCUGAAGGAGUUUGCGAAGACGCAGCAGCUGUACUACUUCCUCACCUACGCCGACAACUACGCCAUCGGCUUCUUCAAGAAGCUCGGCUUCACGGAGGAGAUCACGCUGGACAAGAAGCGAUGGGUGGGGGUGAUCAAGGACUACGACGCCGGCACGCCCAUGGAGUGCGUCAUCUCGCCCCUCAUCCGCUACCUCGACCUCCCCGUCAUCAUCAAGAGGCAACGCGAGAGUGCGAUCAAGAGCAUCAGCAGCCUGUACGAGGUGGUGCGACCGGGGCUCAACUUCCAGAGGAAGCUCAAGCGGAUCAAGAUCCAGGACAUCCCCGGCAUGACGAGGCGCCGGUCGGUGGGUGUUGUGGGAGCAGAGGAGUCGACGUGGCGGGCGACCGCGACCCCGCAGCAGGAGGAGGAGAACAUCGAGUACCUGCACGAGGUACUCAAGCAGCAGCUCAAGUCCAUCCAGGCCCAUGCCUCCGCGUGGCCCUUCCUCAAGCCCGUCUCCCGUAAGGAGGCCCCGCACUACCACGAAAUCAUCAAGGACCCCAUCGACCUGGAGACGAUGGAGAAGCGGCUGGCCGCGGGACAGUACUACAUCACCCAGGACAUCUUCAUCGCCGACCUUCGGCGCAUGUUCGCCAACUGCCGGACUUACAACGCGCCGGAGACGGUGUACUACAAGUGCGCGGACCAGCUGGACAAGUACGUCGACGAGCUGUUCCACCUGCCGCCUGCCAAGAAGCGGCCUGUGGACUGA